UUUUAUUUCUUCCUUCUUUUUCCAAGAUGACCGAUACCAAUUCCUUGGACGUGAGUGUUUCUAACGAUGGAGAGCGCAUUCUGUGUAAGGCGCAUUCGAAUGAGGUGUGCGAACAGUGUCACAUGGAUUGGACGGAACACAAUGCUCUUGCGACUACUCUCAAGCAAGUCAAAGAUUUACCACCACCAAAUGCACCAAACCCGGUACGCAAUGCUCAGGUGAACCGAUUAAAAGAAGAAGGCAACAAAUACUUCAAGCAGGUCAACUACACAGAAGCCAUUCGCUUUUACACCAUGGCAGUUGAAUUAUCCUGGGCCCGUCCUCUUAUGUCCGAGAAGAGCUCGCGCCUGUUCUGA